AUGCCAAACUACCGGCUGCCCAAGUGCAUCCUCUACGGCGAGCUUUGUGAGGGUGUGCGAAGGAGAGGACGUCCACUUCUUCGCUUCAAGGAUCAGCAAGGAAAAAAGUCAGACCAUUUUCUGAGUUUCCUGGAAGUUGCAUGGGAUGGGACCGUGCUUGGAAAAUCGGACAGGAAGCAGGUCGACCCUGCGGAGCGCUGCGUUGACUAUGACUUUAGCUGCACCUUCCAUCCUCAAAAUGAUACGCAGACUCUCAGUAACAUUGCUCAUAAACCAAUCAUACUGACAGUGAUUCAGGAGUUAUCUUCAGGGAAGAGAGCUCAGACGAUGCCGCUGGGUCAAGCAGUGGUUGACCUGCUUCCACUUCUGAAAGGUCGAUGCAGCUUCUCAUCUACAGUCCCAGUCCACCCAAUAGUCACCCCAGGAGUCAAAAGCUCCCAGCAGGGUUUCAGGGACAAGCUGCCAACGCUGGACGUCUCUGUCAGUGUCUCAGAUCCACUGUUGUCUGAGGCCGAACUUUUAGCCUCGAGACUCCUAAAGGUAACGGUGGAGACGGCCUACUCAGUCCCUGACUCAUGGACGCUUCCACCUGGCUCUGCCCCCAGCGACUUCACAUACACUGCUGCCCUGGAAGCCCCUCUUACUUCAAAGCAAGAUCAGGUGUUGGUUUUUUCUGACGGACAGCUGAAGGCAGGUGGGCAGAGGGAAGACAAGGGCCGCCAGAAGAAGAGGCCCCACUGGGCCAAGUUGGUGCCCGGCAACCACUUCCUAAAUGAAACCUUUUUCCAGCCAGAGCCCAUCGGAGAGGAGGAUGGGGAACUAACUGGUUUAGAGGACCAGACAUUUCGCGAUGAGGCAGAAACCAUAAAGAACAGGGUGAGCUGGGACACAGAGAUGUGCUGUUUCAUGGAUGCAGGAGGAAUAUCCAGGAUGCAGCAAAGAAUCACUGAGAGCAGACUGUGGCCGGUGGAAAUUAUGAGGUCUCCGCUCGCAAAGCCCACUGAUGGGAACCUGGAGAUCCCCUUCCAUGGGGUGGCAUUUGUGGACGUGGGGCACCUGUUGUAUCCUGGAGUUACCCGCAUCCGAGGAGCAUACACCAUUCAACCCUUCUAUGAGACUAUGAAUAAGAGUGUCAGCGUGCUGAAGGAGCAGGCUAAGGCCACAGCCAACCAGGCCAAAGGUAGUUCCAUCUCCAGCAAAAGUUCAGUGAGGACCGUUAACAAACGCCAAGAUUCCAAAGAGCAAGUCAAAAAGCAAACUAUUAAUCAAAGCAAGAUGGCUGGAGCAGAUGACACUUCCGAGGUCUUGUCUGAAAUCAAGCCACAAGUUAUUGUGGAAGGAAAUCUGUACAGAGAGGCCAGAACAUACAUUAUCAUUGAGAUAAACUUGGACAAACCGCUGGUACCAAAAGCUUCUCCAGAGGAGCUGGCAAGAAGGGUGAAAGCACUGAUCCCUCCCAGACCUCCACCUGUAGCUGGUCCCAGCCGAUCAGAAAGAGCUACGUUGAACUUUCACAAGCAAGUAGGCAACGCGGUGGCUAUACUUUCAGAGCAGUAUGAAGAAUUACGUGGAGCAAGUUCAGGCCUGCCGCAAGACCAUAACAAAGAGCAAAUGAUGAUUCAGCUGAUGAGUUCCCUCAAUAUCUCCGGAAGGUAUUUCGCCUUGAAAGAGCAGAUAAAGCAUGCAGUAGUGAGGAUUGUACGUGACAAGAUGCAUCGGACAGAGCCCUUCACUGACCCUCAGGAGCUGAAGCAAUUUGUCAGCAAACUCUACGUCUACUUAGUGGAAGAAAUGCAGCUAGCCCUCAACAAAAUUUACAGCCCUGUUGAUGAAGUUGAUGAAGAUAGUACAGAUGAAAUCCACUUGCAUUCCUCUCAGCUUAGAUCUUUUGCCAGAGAGGCACAGCUCACAGGGAAUUAUCAGCAGGCUGCUCAGUACUACCAAGAGCUAGUGGUGAGGCAUCCCCUUGAAGCAUCCCUUAAGUUUGAGUGGGGUUGUCUGCACAUGUGGACCAAAGACUAUUUGAAAGCAAAAGAGUGUUUCUGGGAUGCUGUGUCAAUGGACCAAACUGACCGACCCAGCCUGAUGAUGUGUGGGGUCUUGGAAGUGAUGUUUGAGUGUUACAACGAAGCCUUGACCUUCCUGGAACGAGCUGCUAGCAUAGACCCGCCCAGUGUGGUGGCCUGGACGCUUUUGGGUUUGCUCCACCAAAUAAAAAAUGAAUCCAUUUUGGCUGAGAGAGCCUUCCUGGAAGCCAGAAAGCUACUGAAGGAAGAUGAAGCACAGAAGAAUACACAGAGUGAAGAAGGGGAAAAUGACCAGGAGGGGUCUCCCACUGCUGAACAAGGUGGAUUGCAUUACCAGAAAGAGAAUCCAGGGAAUGUUUCUGACCAUGACUCAGAGGGGCAGAAAGAUUAUCCUGUGCAAGAUGAGGACUACACUACCACUACCAUUUACACAGACACAGCUCACUUCCUGCUGCAGAACAAUGCCCUGCAGAUGGUGGAACAUGUUUUGUCCCAGGAGUUAUCCUCUGUAGGUGGUUGCACUGUUUCCUACCUCCAUCAUCUGGCCCAGUUGCAACUGCUCAGAGGUGACUACAGCAGUGCUGCUGCCAGCCUUAAAGAGCUACUGUCCUACAGAGAUCAGGAUGUUGACAUCUGGGCUUUGAAUGGUCACUGUCACUACUUGCAAGGUGCGUUCUCUGAAGCCCAAGACAGUUAUGAGUGGAGCCUCCACUUUCCAAAGCAGCCAUCAGACAUCCGCAUUGUCCUCCUCCGCCUGGGAUCCAUUUACAUUAGGCGCGAGAAGUUUGAACAAGCCAAAGUCAUCUACCUGCAGGCUUGUGAGCUGUUUCCAUCAUGCCUGACCUGGCUGGGCUUGGGGACUGCCUGUUAUAGGUUGGGGGAGCUUUCUGUAGCUGAGGAAGCGUUGACUGAGGCUAACCAUUUGAACCAAGAGAAUGCAGAAAUGUGGGUUUACCUUGCUCUAAUCUGCUUCAGGUCUGGCAGACAAGAUCAAGGAGAAGAGUGUUAUAAAUAUGCACUAAGGUUCAACUUGCAAGAUGACUCACUGUCUAAAGAGAUCAAUGAACUCAAGCAAGAGCUCCGCUUCAGUCCUCUGGCAUCAUGCUUCAAAACGAGUGCUGAAGCCGAGGCUUAAACUUCAUU